UGUACCCUUCCGUAACAAUCCGUCACUGGCACACUUGCUGAUCCAUCAGCUGCAUUUGAAAUUUGUAUAUACUUUUGAAGUGGCUCACGUUUCGAUUCUUGAUAAGUGGUGUUUGCGCUAUCUCUCCCGACAUGUCGAGUUUCAAGUGGCAUUUUGCGCUAAUCGUUAUCUCCUGCGUAUCGCUGGGCCACGCCCUAGAGUGUUACGUUUGCACAGAUCAGGAAGGCAAUCGAGAUAAAUGUCUGAACACUAUCAAAACCUGCGAACAGGGGCAAGAUAUUUGCCUCACAGAAAUUAAAUGGGGCAGUACACCAUAUUGGUCACAGGGUGCUAAGAAACAAUUUUAUGUCUCUAAAAAAUGUGCUACUAAAAGAGAAUGCGAGAGGAUGCAGCGCAAUAGUAUGCCCGAUUGCACUCAUAUCUGGUAUCAGGACUGGAAGUGUUCAUCUUGCUGUCAAGGCGAUAGGUGUAACUAUUAUGUUAUUUCUGGUGGAAACAAAAGGAAAGUACAUAGUGGAAUAUUUGCCAUAAUCUUGAUCUCCUUGUUGAGUACAAGGUUUCAAUAACAAUAGAAAUGAUCUGCAGAAAUAAUUAGCUGAUGUUUUAAUCAGCAUACGAAUGAAAUAAUCUCAUCACUGCAGACUGAACAAAGUAAAGACCUUUUUUUUUAACGUAAUAUAAUUUUUUAAAAGUAAUAUAAAAUAAUUUUAUAGUUAUACAUGCAAGAUAGUUUUAUAAUUUUGCAAAUGUAUAAGUGUAUAUGUUUAAAUUGAUUUUUUAUCAUAUACAUUCCAAAAGCUUUUUAUAGUAAUUCCAAAAUCAUAGAUAACUUUGCACUUUUACAAUACGCGUAAAUAUAUUACGUUUUAAUUGAUUUUUUUAUCGUAUUAUAUCGUUAUACAAAUUUUAAAACAUUUUAUAAUUGCAUUGAAA